CACUCCUUUCCGGUUUCACUUUGCAUGUGCUUGCAUUUGGACUUGGGUCGAAAUGGAACUCAGAGAGAGAAAGGCAGAUACUCUGAAAGAAAAGUUAACAAACCAUUAUCACAAACGCAAUUUCCAAACAGACGAAAAAGAUGCCAGUCGAUAUGGACAGAUGUUCUUCUGGGGAAUGGUAUUUUCCUUGUUUUUUGAGAGUCAGUUUUUUCUCGUUCCAAAAUUGUACUGGGGCGACACUUGGUCCAUGGUAAUAAACACAGUCCUAGUCUGGUUCACCUUAUUUGAGUGUACAAUCAAUUGGAUGGGCACGUAUUUCGGGCAAAAUAAUUUUGUGACAUCCGAAAUAAAGGAAGAAAAAUUUCCCGGAACCGCGGAGACGCCACCCGGCUGGAUCAACUGUCCUAAAUGUCAAGUUGAUGCUCCACCAAGAUCCCAUCACUGUCGCCUGUGCAAUCGCUGUGUACUCAAGAGAGAUCACCACUGUUUCUUCACCAACUCAUGUGUUGGCUUUUACAAUCAGCGCUUCUUUGUCAUGUUUUGCAUAUACAUGGUGUGGGGUAACCUGUACUCCCUGUUUCUACAAUUGUCCUACACCACACAGACCAUUCCAAUUUUGUCCUGGGAUGGACUUGCGUACAUUCCAAUGGUGGGACUGGCUUACAUGUUUAUGGGGUAUAUUUCCUUGGGUGAACUGUUACUAAUUGUUCAUUCUUGCUUUUGCUUCAUGUGUCUUUGUGGUGGCGUAUUCUUCCUGGGUUGGCAGCUCAUACUAGCCUGUGCUGGUAUGACAUCUUACGAAGCUUGGAAAGGAAUCCCUUGGUACCAACGGACAUCUCUAGAAAAUGUCCGCUCAGUAUUUGGAUCCAUUUGGAAGAUCCCUUUUCAACUGCUGUUCCCAUUUCGUGUAGACCAGGAUGGAAAUGGUGUGGAAUGGAUAGUUCGCACAAAAAAUGUUAAAUAUCAAUGAAGAACAUGACUGAUGAACAAUUUUAAAUCUUGUUUGUUUUAUGCAAAACACACUUAUUAUUUGUAAUUCUGAACUGUGUCAAUCAAACUCUUGAAACUGUAUUAGCUCAUGCAAAUGAGGACAUAUAUGCCAGACUGUAUGCAUAAUACUCUGUUUAUAUUUAUUGACUUGACAUAAUUUAUAAUUAAGUUUGUCAGUUUAACAGAUAAGAUACCACCUUUGUGUAAAUAUUUAAUGAUUAUUCUCACGUUGUUUGACGUAUACCAAUGUGACUGAUUGCCUAUAGUCAUAUAUAGUUGAUACAGAUCAGUGUUGUUCAGCAUACAUAAAAAUCAGGUGAUGCAAUAAAAUGCUAUUGAAUUUAUAUUUAAAUGUUCAUCAAUAUACCGGUACAUCCUCGAUAUCCAGGGGUUACGCUCACUUUCGCUCUCU